ACAAACCAUGUUACCAUGGCAUCAGCUUGCUCUUUAUAUAGUGAUGAUAUCGUCACAGAGAACAUACACAACACUUCUCAACUGAACUCUUUACGUUGUCGGCCAGAGGAAAGUUCUACAAUGCGUGAGUGCAUCUCAGUCCAUGUCGGCCAGGCAGGUGUGCAGAUGGGCAAUGCAUGCUGGGAGUUGUAUUGCCUGGAGCAUGGGAUCCAGCCAGAUGGUCAGAUGCCAAGUGAUAAAACGAUUGGUGGGGGCGACGACUCCUUUAACACCUUCUUCAGUGAGACUGGAGCUGGAAAACAUGUUCCAAGAGCAGUCUUUGUCGAUCUGGAGCCCACUGUCAUUGACGAGGUGCGCACAGGUACCUACCGCCAGCUGUUCCACCCUGAGCAACUGAUCACAGGUAAAGAAGAUGCUGCCAACAAUUACGCUCGUGGACACUACACCAUUGGCAAGGAGAUCAUUGACCUGGUGCUGGACAGGACUCGCAAACUGGCUGAUCAGUGCACUGGGCUCCAGGGCUUCCUGAUCUUCCACAGUUUUGGUGGUGGCACCGGCUCUGGGUUCACCUCUCUCCUAAUGGAACGGCUCUCUGUUGACUACGGGAAAAAGUCUAAACUGGAAUUUGCCAUUUAUCCAGCUCCUCAAGUGUCCACUGCAGUGGUGGAGCCCUACAACUCCAUUCUUACCACCCACACCACUCUCGAGCACUCCGACUGUGCCUUCAUGGUAGACAAUGAGGCCAUCUACGAUAUCUGCCGUAGAAACCUCGACAUUGAGCGUCCCACCUACACAAACCUCAACAGGCUGAUCGGGCAGAUCGUUUCCUCCAUCACUGCAUCCCUGCGUUUCGAUGGAGCCCUGAAUGUAGAUCUGACCGAGUUCCAAACCAACUUGGUCCCCUAUCCACGUAUCCACUUCCCACUGGCCACCUACGCCCCAGUGAUCUCUGCAGAGAAAGCCUACCAUGAGCAGCUGUCUGUCGCAGAAAUCACCAAUGCUUGCUUCGAGCCAGCCAAUCAGAUGGUGAAAUGUGACCCUCGUCACGGCAAGUACAUGGCUUGUUGUCUGCUGUACCGUGGAGAUGUCGUUCCCAAAGACGUCAACUCUGCCAUCGCCACCAUCAAAACCAAACGUAGCAUCCAGUUUGUGGACUGGUGUCCCACUGGAUUCAAGGUUGGCAUCAACUACCAGCCACCGACCGUGGUUCCUGGAGGAGACCUGGCUAAGGUGCAGCGAGCUGUAUGUAUGCUGAGCAACACCACAGCUAUUGCUGAAGCCUGGGCUCGUCUGGAUCACAAAUUCGAUCUGAUGUACGCCAAGAGAGCUUUUGUUCAUUGGUAUGUGGGUGAAGGUAUGGAGGAGGGUGAGUUCUCAGAGGCCAGAGAAGACAUGGCUGCCCUGGAGAAGGAUUAUGAAGAGGUGGGAACAGACAGCGUCGGAGAAGAGGGAGAGGAAGAAGGAGAAGAGUAUUAAAGGAAUCCCUACAUAAUCUUGAAACAUCACAGAUAGCUUUCACAAACAGUAUUUUCACUGUAACAAAAUAUUGUUUUGUUCCCUAUGCUCAUUUGAAACCUGUAUUUGAUAUGUAGUUUGUGCUUUUUUAAUUUUUUUAACACAUAUUUUCCUGAUAUUGGUUAUUGAUGGUGUCAGUCUGUUUUUUUUUUGUCUGCAGUGUAUGAAUAUGAAUAAAUCAUCCACAUGACUCAUGCAGGCCAACCUCCAAGUGCAUGUGACAGGCCAUAAAGGUUAAGGUGAUAUCUUUUAAAGACUUAAUAUUGACUUUUUAGUUGUUUGUCUAUUUCACUGAGUUGGUUGUCAUAAAACUCAGUUCAUCAGCAAAUAAGAUAACCAGUUAGCUAGCAUCAGUUACUAUAGUGACAAAAAGGUUUAAAUGUUACAAUGCUAACCACAGUGCUGACAGCUUUUGUUUUCUUGGUUUAAGUGCUCUGGGGUAAGAAUAAAACAUUUGGCCGGUACUGUGCCACCUGAAGA